UUUUUUUUCCAUUAUAACUUUGGGGAUUAGAGAUUCAUUCAUAUGUAAAUUAUAUUAAUGAUCUCAAAUCUCAAUUCCCAAAAUUGAAAUUUCAAAAUAAACUAAUAAAAAAAAUUUAAACAAAAUGUCAAGUUUUGGAACCCAAACAAAAUGCAAAGCAUGUGAUAAAACUGUGUAUGCUGCAGAAGUGAUUUCUGCUGGUGGUGUUAAUUAUCAUAAUACUUGUUUCAGAUGUAGCCAUUGCAAUGGAAGACUUGCUUUGAGCAACUAUUCUUGCUUGGAUGGAACAUUAUUUUGCAAGCCACAUUUUGAACAGCUCCUCAAGGAGAAAGGAAGUGGUGCUUUGAAGUCUUCCUCACUUGGGAGGAACAAUGAUCUGAACAGAAGCCCUAGCAAAUUGUCCUCUCUAUUUUCUGGCACUCAGGAAAAAUGUGCAUCAUGCAAGAAAACUGUGUACCCAUUGGAAAAGGUGACAGUAGAUGGAGAAUUUUACCAUCAAUCAUGCUUCAAAUGUGCACAUGGUGGAUGCAAACUUACAACAUCAUCAUAUGCAGCAUUAGAUGGACUUGUUUAUUGCAAGCCUCAUUUUUCUCAAUUGUUCAAAGAAAAAGGUUCCUAUAAUCAUCUUACAACAGCUACAAAUAAAAAAAAUCAUAGUGUUGAUGAACAAGAAGAAGGUUCAACAACUACUACUACUACUGAUGUUGAUGAGCCACCACAGCCUCCUGUUGAAGAGACUCAAGAUUAGUCCU